CCCGGCCGCCUUUCCAGGGAACACCGGCCUCUUCCGGCGGCGGCGGCGGCGGGAGCCAACCAUGGCGCGGAAGAAGGUGCGGCCCCGGCUGAUCGCCGAGCUGGCCCGCCGCGUGCGGGCCCUGCGGGAGCAGCGGGAGCGGCCGCGCGACUCGCAGCGCUACUCCCUGGACUAUGAGACGCUGACUCGGCCGUACUCGGAACGUCGGCUGCCUGCGCGGGCCUGGGCCGACGUGCGCAGCGAGAGCCGCCUCCUGCAGCUGCUCGGCCGCCUCCCGUUCUUCGGUCUGGGCCGCCUGGUCACGCGCAAGUCCUGGCUGUGGCAGCACGACGAACCGUGCUACUGGCGCCUCACACGUGUCCGACCGGACUACACGGCUCAGAACUUGGACCACGGCAAGGCCUGGGGCAUCCUGACCUUCAAAGGAAAGACGGAGAGCGAAGCCCGGGAGAUCGAACAGGUCAUGUACCAUGACUGGCGGCUGGUGCCCAAGCACGAGGAGGAGGCCUUCACCGCGUUCAGGCCGGUGUCCGAGGACACUGUGCGCUCUGUGCCCUACCCGCCGCUACUCCGGGCUAUGAUCCUAGCAGAGCGACAGAAAAAUGGGGACACUAGCACCGAGGAGCCCAUGCUGAAUCUGGAGAGAACACGCAUUGAUCCCUGGGACUACCCUCGGAAACAAGAGGCAAAGAGAAAGGCCAAAGGCACUCCAGUCUAAAAUGUCAGAGCCCGCAGGCCGACCGAAGGGUGCAAGGCGUUGGGCACCAUUUAGAUGAAACAAAAUGUCUUUGGGUUACACCUGAGAGCUCGGAUCUGACGUCCACUUGUUCUGAGGCUCUGUACUGAACAGAGAGUAGAAAGGGGUGGCGUUAGACCCUGCACCUGUGUCUUCCCUCUGUUCCUGUCGCCCCAACACCCAGAUCUGACGGAGGGGGCCACACUGGAGGCGGCUGCUGCUGGGGGAAAGCUGAAAGAGCAGGGCUAGUGGGUGUGGAGCCCCCGCGCUGGCACCUGUCAUUUCCAGGCUGGCUCCCCUUCCUCAUAACGGGUUGCCUCAGCUGGGACCCAGAUAGAAGCUGUGAACGCGAAUAAAGUCAACUGAAGUAA